UCUCCCUAUUCUUCUUAUCUCACGCUUCAUCUUUCCGUUUCCUAGGGCUAAGGAAAGCCUGUUCUUUAGGCAGAGGACGAGAGCCAAUCCUGGUUGAAGAAGCCAUCGUCUCCUUCUUCGAUGUGGUAACCGCCUUUGUUUCGAGUGGAUCUGUCAGACAUGGAAUCUGCAGUAUUGAAACCAAUCAGCAGCAUGGCUGCCGGCGGGCAAGCGGUGCUGGCGAACACGCCAUGCGCUGGCUGCAAAUUUCUCCGGCGAAAAUGCCAGCAAGAUUGCAUCUUUAAGCCCUAUUUUCCGCCGGACCAACCUCAGAAAUUUGUGAACGUGCACCGCGUCUUCGGGGCCAGCAACGUCUCCAAGAUCCUCAACGAGCUGAGCCCGUUCGAGCGGGAGGCAGCCGUGAACUCGCUCUUUUUCGAGGCGGAGAUGCGCCUGCGUGACCCCAUUAAGGGCUGCGUGGGCAUCAUCUCGUUGCUCCAACGCAAACUCCGUCAGCUCCAGAUCGAUCUCUUCACCGCUCAAUCUGAACUCGUGAAAUGCCAGUCGCAACUGCAGCAGAAGCAGCAGCAACAUCAAAAGAUGAUGAUGAUGCGAGGCUAUGCAGCGGAGAUGGUUGGGUCGUUUGGGAGGCCGAGUCUGGCUGUAGGGGACGAUCACCAGCACAACACUCUCGGAGCAAUUUCUUAAAUGUUCAUGCAUCUUCAUUGCUUGUACUUGCAUGCGCCAUUGAUUUCAGAAUGUUCUCCCUCUCUCUCUCUCUCUUUUUGUUCUAUUUUUUUUUAUUUUGUAAGAGGGGAUUUAGGGUUCAUGCAAGCUAGAAAUUUAGUAGAUGGAUGGAAUAUUGGGUGUUUGAGUUUGGGAAGAAGUUGGCCAUAGGGGUCUUUGGCAUAUAUAAGACAUUGUUAAUUUGGAAGGAAAAUGGUUGGUGUGUACACUUAU